UACUUUCACGGUUUCCUUCUGGAUGGUUUUUCCGGUUGCACGGCUUUAGAAGCGGCGGACUUUCUGGUUCUGUUUCGUGCCACUGGGCGUUAUUAAUGUUUGCUACCUGUUCUUAGCCUUUCGUUUUUUCUUACUAAAUGUCUUCAACCGAGGUCUGAAAGGUUCUCGUUGUCAUUAUGAAGCGUUUAUGACUGUGACGACUCCAGAAAGUAAAGGAGCGCUUUGAUAAGAUAACAGCUGAGGCUGGUAAUGGUUUUAUCAGCUGACAGCAGGUAGCACAUAAAAGACAUGUGGAUGGAUAAACAGAGAGGAAUCAGAGUUUCUCAGGAGGAGCUGCUCUGUAAGAACGCCUGUGGUUACUAUGGAAACCCAGCAUGGCAGGGUUUGUGCUCCAAGUGCUGGAGAGAGAGGGCACGGGCCGCUGGAACCCCAAGAGAAGAAAUUAGACCGCGCAGUGAUGGAACGCUCCCCACAUUCUCCAAAUUUGAGGAGAAGAAAAACAUUGAGAAAGGUCGCCGAAUUAACACAGUGAGAAAACUGUUCUGGGGCAGCCCAUCACCUCCAAAACCUCAAGAGUCUUCUGAAAGCCGUGCAAAUGUGUUAAAAGCCUACGAAAACCUUGAGCCUGGAGACUUCACUGGUUUCCUAAAGAUACUUCGGAGUCCUCCUUCCCAGCGCUUGCAGUCCCGCUGUACAGCUUUUCUCAACACAAUGGAGGCAUACCAUGAUCUGCCGGUGCAGAAGCAGUCAGACCUCGUGCAGGAUUUUUAUCAGUCUUUUGCUGAAUAUUUUAGCAGUUUUCCUGAAGCUCAGGUCACUCAGAUAAUGGAGCAUGUAGAGAAGUUAAUAAUGACACGGCUGCACAAAUGGGUUUUCUGCCAUGACAGCUGUGAUGAUGAACAGAAGGACCUGGCUCUCCAGAGAAGGAUCCGUUCUUUGAACUGGGUUACGCCGCAGAUGCUAGGCGUACCUUUUCCUGAUGAAAAGGUCUCUGUCACAGGCGACCCCUUUCUGCCUGCUAUAACUGCCAUAAUCGAAAUGGAUGCCAAACGAGCACCUCAAGACAAACUCGCGUGCGUUUCCAAAUGCAGCCAGCAUGUCUUCGAAGCCCUUUCCCGCUCAAACAGUGAGCCUGCUAAUGCUGAUGACUUCUUGUCAAGCCUGGUUUACGUGGUGCUGAAGGCCAAUCCACCUCGCCUCCACUCCAACAUGCAAUACGUGAUUCGAUUUGGGCUCCCUCACAGUCUGAUGGCGGGAGAGAGCGGCUACUAUUUCACAAAUUUGUCCUGUGCUGUGGCCUUCAUUGAAAAGCUGGAUGGGCCGGCACUCAGCCUCAGUCCAGAAGAGUUUGAAGGCUACAUGCUGGGUCAGCGUACUCCCUGUGCAUUAAACAGGAGGCAGCAGGUGAUCAGUGACACACAGAACCUGCUAGAAGACCUCAAAGGCAGGCAGGAGAAGCUGGACCAAGGUAUGGAUGCUCUCAAUGCGCAGCUACAAAAGUGGGUGCAAGAAGUUCAUUCACAGCUGGAUGAGACCAGAAGCCAAUUUGUCCUGGCUCAGAAGGAGAUAACGGCUCAGAAGGAGGUUUUGUUGUCCACUCAGGAUAAUAAGGAGGAGUCAGUGCUGGUGCUUGAGGAUCAAGACGGAGGUUUGAGGGAAACGGGCUGUUAGACAUUUCUAUUAAUAGAAUAAUAAUAAUAAUUAUUAUUAUUAUUAGUAAUAAUAAUAUUAAUCUGGCACUUGACUUUAUUUAAUUGUCAGCACUAACAUUUGUAGGCUGCAGGACAAAUAAAGCGUACUUUCCAGUGCCACAUUUGCACAUGCUCCCAAUGCAGGAGUAGGGCAUUUGUAAGCCAGCUGAAGAUGAAGGAAACUUUAUGCAUGCAGUAACACAACCUUCACAGAGGUUUUAAUGACUUUAGUCCAAAUUAUUUGCCCGUCUGUCCAAUUUAAGCAUUGAGCCAAUAAAUUACAUUCCAUUUUCCAAUAAGAGAUCUCAUAUGUACCAUUUAAGCACUCAGGGUACACAGCACUUACAGAUGUAGAACAAACACUUUUCCGAUACUUAUUCACUAUGAUAAUUUUGAAUAGUUUUAUACCAUUGUGCCUUUAUGUAUGCUGCUCUGAAAUUCCAAAGUAGGCUACAGGACAAGUUGGUGUGACUGUUCUUGACUAAAAGUCAGGGGUGUAUUUGUGAAAGCUGUGUAUUUGUUCUCAGCACGUGGGUGCAAAAAAUGUUUAGCAUGCACAAGCUGCACGUUGUUUACAGCUCUAGAAAGAUUUCUGAAAAAAAUCCAAGGGCUUCAUCUAAAGAUCUGUGAUUGUAUGUAUCUAAUAUAUUAAAGGUG